GCAGCCCGGGGCAGCGGCCGCCGCCAUGAAGAAGCAGUUCAAUCGCAUGAAGCAGCUGGCCAACCAGACCGUGGGCAGGGCUGAGAGAACAGAGGUGCUCAGUGAAGACCUGUUGCAGAUCGAGAGGCGGCUGGACGCCGUGAGGUCCGUGUGCCACCUGGCCCAGAAGAGGCUGAUUGCCUGCCUGCAGGGCCAGCAUGGCACUGACCCCGACAAGAGACACAAAAAGCUUCCUCUCACAGCCCUGGCUCAGAACAUGCAGGAGGGCUCCAUCCAGCUGAGUGAUGAAACUCUGCUGGGGAAAAUGCUGGAUACCUGUGGGGAUGCAGAGAAUAAACUGGCAAUGGAGCUCUCCCAGCAUGAAGUACAGAUUGAGAGGGAAGUUAUAGACCCACUGUGCCUGCUGACAGAGACAGAGAUCCCAAACAUUCAGAAGCAGAGGAAGCAGCUUGCAAAGCUGGUGCUGGACUGGGAUUCUGCAAGGGGAAGAUACAACCAAGCCCACAAAACUUCAGGAACAAAUUUCCAAGUGCAUCCCUCAAAAAUAGAAUCUCUUAAGGAAGAGAUGGAUGAAGCUGGGAAUAAAGUAGAGCAGUGCAAGGAUCAGCUGGCUGCAGACAUGUACAGCUUUGUGUCCAAGGAGGGGGAGUAUGCCCGCUGCUUUGUCACGUUAUUAGAAGCACAAGCAGAUUACCAUAGAAAAGCAUUAGCAGUCAUAGAAAAGGUCCUCCCCGAAAUUCAAGCCCAUCAAGACAAAUGGACUGAAAAGCCAGCCUUUGGAACCCCCCUGGAAGAGCACCUGAAGCGCAGCGGGCGGGAGAUCGCGGUGCCCAUCGAAGCCUGUGUCAUGAUGCUGCUGGAGACUGGCAUGAGAGAGGAGGGCUUGUUCAGAAUUGCUGCUGGAGCCUCCAAGUUAAAAAAGCUGAAAGCUGCCCUGGACUGUUCCACGUCCCAGCUGGAUGAGUUUUACUCAGAUCCCCACGCUGUGGCAGGUGCCUUGAAAUCCUAUCUGAGGGAGCUGCCAGAGCCUCUCAUGACCUACAGCCUGUACGAGGAGUGGACACAAGCUGCCAAUAUUCAGGACCAGGAUAAGAAGCUGCAGGAGCUGUGGAGGAUUUGUAACAGAUUACCUGAGCAUUACCGAGUUAACUUCAGGUAUUUAAUCAAAUUUUUGGCCAAGCUUGCCCAGAACAGUGACGUUAACAAAAUGACACCGAGCAACAUCGCCAUAGUCCUGGGCCCCAACUUGCUGUGGGCAAAGAAUGAAGGGUCCCUGGCUGAGAUGGCAGCAGCCACCUCGGUGCACGUGGUGGCAGUUAUUGAGCCCAUCAUCCAGCAUGCAGACUGGUUCUUCCCCGGAGAUGAAGAUUUCAACGUGUCUGGGGCCUUUGUGGCAGUUCCUGCUGUAAAUUCCAAUCACUUGUCACACACUGGGAAUGACUAUGAAUGUGGGACCCUGGAGAGGAAGAGGCCCCUGAGCAUGACUGUGAUGGAAGGGGAUUUGCUGAAGAAGGAAAGCUUUGGUGUGAAGGUGCUGGAGCUGUCAGUGACCCCGCGGCGGUGCGGCACGGUGGGCAGAAAGCUCACCUCGCCCGCCUUCCAGCCGCCCCUGCCGCCCUGCGAGCCCUCGGGGGCUGAGCCCUGCCCGCCCGCGGGGGCUGAGCCCGGCCCCGGGGCUGGCCCCGCUCCCUCUGCUGCCCCAGCAGAGCAGCCCCCGGCUCCAGGCACUGAGGAUGCCAGCACCCCCAAAGGCAAGGAGAGCACGAGUGCAGCCACUCCUCCCCCGGUGAGGAACGGGCAGGCAGCCCCAGCCCCAGCCCCAGCCCCGGGCCAGGCAGCGCCCAGCAGCUCCCAGCUCGGUGUCAGCCAGCCCCAGAACGCUGCUGGGCCCAGUCCCCACGCCCUCAGGAGAGCUAUGAAGAAGCCAGCACCAGCCCCCCCCAAGCCAGCCAACCCCCCCCCGGGGCAGCCAGGCAGCCAAAGCUCUUCCCCAGCUGCUCAGCCUCCUUCUGUGUCUCCCAAACCCCCGGGCAGGAGCUCCUCUCCUCCUGCCCAGCACGCAGCCCCAGGAGCAGCCCAGAGCCCCUCUCCCUGCCAGGUUUCUGCCCCUCGCAGGUACUCCAGCAGCCUGUCCCCUCUGCAGGCCCCCAGCCACCCACCCCCGCAGCCCCCAGCCUCGGCCACUCCUCCCCUGCAGCCCAAGGGCGGCAGCAGCAGCAGCAGCAGCAGCCAAGCAUCUCCCGGCGAGCAGGGCCCCGAUGUGCCCCCCUGCUCCCCGGCCGUGCCCCCGCCGCAGACCCCCACCCCUCCCGACACGCCCCCGCUGGGCAAGCACGCGGGCAGCGCCCCUGCCGUGCCCCCCGAGCCCUGCCCGGCGCCGUGCCCGCCCCAGGGCGGCACCCUGCCCCGGCCCCGGCCCGUGCCCAAGCCCCGCAACAGACCCAGCGUGCCGCCCCCUCCGCAGCCGCCCGCCGAUGGCAGCGCUGCCAACCCCACCCCGACGGCCUCCAGGAUCGUCACAGACUCUAAUUGCAGUAUUCCAGAGCCACUCGCAAACCCUCCUCCCGAGCCUCCUGCAGAGCUGGGCAGAGAGCUGCACACCCACCUGCUGCUGGACAUUGACAAUGACACGGAGAGCACGGCGCUGUGACCGCGCCGCGGCGCCGCCUUCCAGCUCCUGGGAACCCCAGACCUACCAGGGAAAGGCUUCUUCUGGCAGCGGGCACAGCUGGGCACAGCUGGCACGGGGCCUCUGGCACUCGGCUCCGGGCUGGCCCUGCUCGGAGGAGACCUCUCAGCAAAUGGAGCCCAGCCUUUGGCCGGGUUUCGCCCUCAGAAGAAGUUUAAUGAUCUGGGUCUGGACAACGGUUUUCAAACUCUUGGAUGGAAGGAAUGAAUUCCUGCAGGAGCUCGCCUAGGAAGCGUGGUCAGUGCUGAUACAGGUGGUAUGAGCAGAAAUUCCAAAAGAAUAAGAAGCAGAAUGUUAGUUAUUUAAAGUGCAUGUCUGUAUUAGGGAAAUAAUCCUUCUCACGGCACCGUUAGAGGUUCUUUGUAGUUCUUAGCCCGUCCCAGGAGCUGCCUCCAAGGGACAUCUCUCUCCCAAGGGACAUCCCUCUCUCCCAAGGGACGUUCCCUCCCGGAUUUGCUGCAGACUCCCCUCAAGCCAUGAACCAAACCCUGCCCCAGUGCUGGUGGUGACUGCUGGUUCUCAGUCACCUGUGGAACUGUGGAUGCAUCCAGUGCCUUGAAGGACUGUCGUGCUGUAGGAGGAACUUCUGUCUCUUUAAUCAUUUCAUUGCUACGUAGGAGCAGUACUUACCCUGAUUUCAUAGUUAUUUGUAUUAACCUGCUUUGUUCAUGUGCAACUGGCAACUGUUUCACGAGGAAACCGUGGAAAUGGGGUUUGUGCUUUUGUUGAAAACGGUUGAAUUUUGAAAGAACUUUGAAACAGCUGUUUGGAUUCAGAAGUUGAGUGAACAUUUAUAAAAUUAAAGAUUGUUUUUUGUCAA